CCACCCAUAGUGGAGUGGGUGAGUCCAAGUUCACAUUCCCUUUCCUCUCAUACUCGCGAGUCUCCACCUCACUUCGUCUCGCGGCCACUUCCACUCGAGUGGAUUAAUGCUUGGCCCUGGACCUCCUAGCCUCGCCCGCCAUGCAGAACAACCACACUAAGGAGCACCUCUACAAGAUCCUGGUCAUAGGAGACCUGGGCGUAGGCAAGACCAGCAUCAUCAAGCGCUAUGUGCACCACAAUUUCAGCCCAAAUUACAGAGCUACCAUCGGGGUAGACUUUGCCCUCAAAGUGCUCAACUUGGACCAGGAGACCGUACGUCUUCAGCUGUGGGACAUCGCAGGACAGGAGAGAUUUGGUAACAUGACCCGCGUAUACUACCGCGAGGCAAUGGGUGCCUUCAUCGUGUUUGACGUGACAAGGCCCGCCUCAUUUGAGGCAGUCACCAAAUGGAAGGAGGACUUGGACUCCAAAGUGACAUUAGCCAAUGGGAAGCAUGUGGCCACGGUGCUCCUGGCUAACAAAUGUGACCAAGGACGGGAUGUACUCACCAAUAAUGGAAUAAAGAUGGAGCAGUUCUGCCAGGAGAAUGGCUUUGUCGGGUGGUUUGAGACAUCUGCUAAGGAAAACAUCAACAUUGACGAGGCAGCGAACUGUUUGGUGAAACACAUCAUCUCCAGUGAGAACGACAUGCUCCAGUCAGAGGUCCCGGACACCAUCACUCCCCAGUUAGAGACAGACAGAGGCGGGACAUGCUCGUCCUGCUUCAGAUCGCAGUAAUGGCUCCUGGCGCAUGGGCAUCCUUGUGUAUGUCAUUCCACACAAAGUUGGUCAGUGUCUGGAGGCAGAGCUUGUUAAUUUUGAGGGAGAAUGUCUUUCCCCUUAGACAGCUCAUCUUGGCUGCAGAAGGGCGAGCACUGAAGGAAUGAACGAAAUGAAGAAAAGAAAGAACAAUAGACGAGGCUGCGCGUGCCUGUCAAAGACAAGGUCACUCGUGUCUUUAGCGCUCCCAAUUCUGUAACCAUGGAGACGCAGUUACUCAAUGACCACAUGCACAGAGCGAUUGCAGCAAGUGAAACAAAAUCUCUGCUAAAGGUUCAGAUCUUGAAUACAUGUUGGCUGUCACUUAUGACCUUUCCGUUGUUGUCUUCUGCCCACUCUUUGGUUUUCUUUAUUUCUUCUCUAUCGCCUUUCUAAUGACUACAAACAGAGUAUUCCCUUUUUUCUCAGCAAUAAUCCAAAGCAGCGCUCUUUCAUAUUCAACAAAACCACAGUUGAUAUUAAGUAAUAUAUUCUCUCACAUUUUGAGAAGAGGCUGCUGUCCUCCUGCGUCACUGCCCACUGUAUCAAGCUACUAAAACCCAUCAAACGUGCAAUUAACGUGGCCUUUUUCAUAAUGUAGUUUACCCACUGACCAAAUAUUUUAUUUAUUAAUGCAAUUAGAAGAUUAUAAAAUCGUUCAUAAUAUUUUUAUACUCUGGAUAGAUUUGAACAUGCUUCCAAAAUUUAACAAACAAAUGCAUGCUGUUUUUCAAGUGCAAGAAAGAUUAACAAGCUAAAUAAAUGUACAGUGGUAUGAAAAAGUAUCUGAACCUUUUGAAAUGUAUCACUUUUCUGCAUAAAAUCACCAUCAAAUGUGACACACACACCCCACCCCCUGGCAGCAAUAACUUCAACCAGAUCAAAUGCAGAUUAGUCUGCCAUAUCGAUCAGGACUAAUCUUGGCCCAUUCUUCUCCACAAAACUGCUGUAGUUAAGUCAGAUUCCUGGGAUGUCUGGCAUGAAUUGUUAUCUUUCGGUCAUGCCACAGCAUCUCAAUGUGGUUCAAGUCUGGACUUUGACUUGGCCACUCCAGAACGUGUAUUUUGUUCUUCUGAAACCAUUCUGAAGUUGAUUUACUUCUGUGUUUUGGAUCAGUGUCUUGUUGCAGACUCCAUCCUCUUUUUAGCCUCAACUGUCUGACAGACAGCCUCAGGUUUUCCUGCAAAACAUCCAGAUAAAGUUAUAAAUUCACUCUACAUUAAUGAUUGCAAGUUGUCCAGCCCCUGAGGCAGCAAAACAGCCCCAAAUCAUGAUGCUCCUUCCACCUUGCUUCACGGUGGGGAUGAGUUCUUGAUUUUGAUGAGCUGUUCCAUUUUUCCUCCACACAUGACUUUGUGUUUUACUCCCAAACAAUUCAACUUUAGUUUCAUCAGUCCACAAAAUAUUUUGCCAAAACGUCUGUGGAGUGUCCAAGUGCUUUUUUGCGAACAUUAAACGAGCAACAAGGUUUUUUUUAGACAGUAGUAGCUUCCUCCAUGGAGUCCUCCCAUGAACACCAUUCUUGGCCAUAGUUUUACAUAUAGUUGAUGUGUGCACAGAGGUAUUGGACUGCACCAGGAAUUUCUGUAAGUCUUUAGCAGACACGCUAGGGUUCUUUUUUACGUCUCUGAGUAAUCUGAGCUGAACUCUUGUUGACAUCUUUGGUGGACGGCCACUCCUUAAGAGAGAAGUAACAGUGCCAAACUCUCUCCAUUUGUAGACAACUUCCCUGACUGUCGAUUGAUGAACAUCCAGACUUUUAGAGAUGGUUUUGUAUCCUUUCCCAGUUUUAUACAAAUGGUAAAUGGUGUUAUACUUGUAUAAAUCAACAAUCCUUGAUCACAGAUCUUCAGACAGCUCUUUUGAUCGAGCAAUGGUGCACAUCAGACAAUGCUUCUCAUCAAGACAUUUCUUACCAGGUGUGUGUUUUACGGUGCGCAGAGCAGCUUUAAACCACUCAUCAGUGAUUGGGCACACACCUGACUUAAAGUGUUUGGUAAAAAUUGGUUUCAAUUGCCCUUUAAGUCUCCUUAGGCAGAGGGAUCACUUACUUAUUUUUCCCGCUUUUGUCAUUGUUUGCAUACUAUCCUCAUUAAAACAUAAAAACCUAUAAAUGUUUGGGUGGUUUUAGUUAAAGCAGACACAGUAUCUUCAUCUGUGUGAUUUUGACAAAGAUCACAUUUGAUGGUGAUUUUAUGCAGAAAUGUGAGAGAUUUCAAAAGGUUCAGAUACUUUUUCAUACCACUGUAUUUUACCGGUAGUUUUGAUCUGCUGUUUCACAAUACACAGUAUACUGUAAAUAUUUUAUUUGAUAUUGUAAUAUUUGUAAUUAUGUGACGAAUAUACAUCGCUACAAAUAUGUACAUAUUAUAUUUAGACAACCAAAAAGAA